GAAGGGCAGUCACUCCUGGGUCUGGCCCUAUAUCCUCAGUAUCCUCAGAGGCUUUGAUCUUAAUUUUUAAAACCCUCAUCAAGGAGUUUCAAUCCCCACUGCAGAGCCGUGCUGUGCAGGAACAUAGGAGUCUCAGAGUCCAGAACAGGGCAGAGUGCGGGGAGGAGGCAGCUCAGGGCACAGAUUUGCAUGGAGGCCCCUCCCCUGAGCAGGGAUAAGAGAGGGUUGGCCAGGCCCAGGGGUGCUCUCAGGGGCAGCGCUCUGGGGGUCUCCACCAUGGCCUGGGCUCUAGUCCUCCUCACCCUCCUCACUCAGGACACAGGGUCCUCGGCCCAGUCUGGCCUGACUCAGCCUUCCUCCAUGUCCGGGUCUCCUGGACAGUCGGUCACCAUCUCCUGUACUGGGACCAGCAAUGAUGUUGGGAGGUAUAAUGAUGUUUCCUGGUACCAACAGCGCCCGGGCACACUCAUGAAACUCCUGAUUUAUGAUGUCAGCACUCGGCCCUCCGGGAUCCCUGAUCGCUUCUCUGACUCCAAGUCUGGCAACACGGCCUCCCUGACCAUCUCUGGGGUCCUCGCUGAGGACAAGGCUGAUUAUUACUGCUGUUCAUACAGGAGUGAUGGCACUUAUGUCUUCGGCGGUGGGACCCAGGUCACCGUCCUAGGUCAGCCCAAGGCCACUCCCACCGUCAGUCUCUUUGCACCCUCCUCUGAGGAGCUCAGCACCAACAAGGCCACUCUGGUGUGUCUGAUGAGUGACUUCUACCCGGACUCCGUCUCCGUGGCCCGGAAGGCAGACGGCAGCCCCGUCACCCAGGGCGUGGAGACCACCAAGCCCUCGAAACAGAGCAACGGCAAAUACGCGGCCAGCAGCUACCUGAGCCAGACAGCUGACCAGUGGAGAAGUCGCAGCAAAUACAGCUGCCAGGUCACCCACGAAGGCAAGACCGAGGAGAAGACAGUGGCCCCUGCACAAUGUGCUUAGGGUACCAGCCCCCUUCCCCAGCUCCGGGGGCCUGGAACUGCAGGAUCCCAGGGAGGGAUCUUCCCUCCCACCCCGGUCAUCCCGGCACUUCCCCGUGCACCCUAUAAACCCUCAAUAAAUACCCACAU